UAAAGUGGUACUUACAUUUCCAAUUGUUUACCAGCAUGUACAAUAAAAAUUUGCACCCAUUUUUCUUUCUUUCUUUCUUUCCUUCCUUCCUGUUAUUGUGUUUAAAGUAGUGAAUUCCGUGAUUAGCUUAAUGCCUUUCGGCUAUAUUACAUUAGACUCUACUGGCUACCCGAAAAACUAUUAGACUAGAUCAAAAAAGUGGAUUGAUCAUCAGCCGUAGGCCAUAGCUACAGUAUAAAAAGUAGCAGUUAAAGUUUGUUCUUCAACCGGUGCUUUUUCAGUCCCACCUUCAUGUUGAUUCGAGGCAUUUUCCUACUUCCAGGAAAAAAAUGAAAUGGUUGGUCAUAGAUCAGGUCUUUUUGUUCCCAAUUUGGUAGGAUACCAAAAGGUUAGUGAGUUAGUGUUCCAAAUAUUUAUGUUCCUUCAUUAGUUUGAUGUUGUGGCAUGUGAUCUUCCUUUUCCAUGACCUAUGUGAAAGAAAUAAUCUUGACCUAUCUGAAGUUGUGACAUUUGAUCUUAUGUGUAUUGUACUGUUUUAUUUCUGGAGGAGAAAAAAAACCUUAUAUGUUGGUGAAUUCAUUCCGUAGUUUGUCAUUGGAAUUGUUGUGAAUGUUCGAUACUGAAGACAUCUUUGGUGAUGGGAAGAUAAGGUAGAUGUGUCUUUCCCAGCACUUAAAAAUCCUAGCCACUAUUAAAAAUCUAUGUCUAGAAAAGAAGAAGCUGAUGGGGACUAAGUAGGAAGAAGCUGAAAGGCAGGUAUUGGAGCGAAAGGAAAAUGCGGGCAGUUAUUGGUCGUUUUAUCGUGCCUAACUUUGUAGGUCAUCAAUUUUGAGGACAAUGUUGUCAUUGAGAAGAUAAUGUCAGCUUUGGUUAAUCAUUUAUCAACUGCCACUUACAACCCCCACCCGUCCCUUUUAACAGGCAUUUGCGGCGUCUGGUACUUUUUAAAAGCCAUAUUCGAAACGUCAGCAGCUUGUGGGAUCUGAGAAAAAAAACCGUUUAUCCAAAGGUCUUCAUAUGUCUCCCUUAGGCCUUAACUAUUGCCUCUUAACCCUACUGAGAAAAAUAAUUUCAACCAAUAGAGUUCUAUAUCUCACUUGAUAUCAAACUGAUGUUCCCCCGGUAGCCAGAGAAGAAGUGGUUGUUUGGCUCUUAACAUUGUUGUUGAGCGGAAAAUCAAGGUGGUGUUCCUGCGGUUGAAAUAAGUGGACUCGCCUUGGGCCAAUGCUUGGCAUUCCAUGGCUUGAAGUGCCGCGCAGAAUGAACAAGUGAAAUGAUACGGACACGACACUGACACGUGGACACAAUCCGGGAAAAUUACUCACAAAAUAGAGAUGAGCUAUUUGAUUUCAUGCACAUGUCCACUCAUGUUAAGAAGGUAAAAUCCAUUCCAAUAAUACAUCUCUCUCUCUUGGAAGAAAAUACAUACAAUUUUUGUGAUUGUCAUGAGAAACGUUGAGAAAACUAAGGAUACUACGGAUUUGAGUGUCAAAUACGUGUCUAGAGAGUGUUGGUUUUUAAAAAGCGUUUGACACUAGGUCAUGGACUCUGAUGAAGAAUCCGUGCUAUAUAGGCUACAUUGGAUCACUUUGAGUGUACUUUCUUCCAAUGGGUGCAAUCACAAAAAUUCAUUUAACAAAGUAUUCUCUUAAAGAUUAAAGAUAACAAUCUUUAAAAUGCUCAAUCAAGAACAAGGACUUACUAUGUCUACUAACUUUGUUGGUCGAUCAAUUUCAGUCAUCUGUUUUUGCUGGGAAUUUAUCAUAUAACUUCCCAAAGGAGGGGAUUCUAAUUAUUAAGGUUUAAAUCUCACAUAAUGUCACCAUGUCAUUGGUAAUGGUUGUGUUUCUUAGCCUGAAUGCUGUCUUUUCUAACUGUAUUGCUUCUGAUGUUUUUUUAUGGACCAUUCUAGGGCAAGUAGUUGGGUUAAAGCAUACAAUGGAUACUCUGUUUUCCUUGUUGAUGAAGCUGAACCAACUAGAAUUGGGUGAUGUUAGUCUACUCACAAUUGAUGUUAAAGCAAAAUCAGAGCUGAAAAGAUCAGCUGUUGCCGACAAUGAAUCUGGAAAGAGCAAGCUUAGCGAGGUUCGAACUAUCUCCGGGAUGUUUAUCGCUAAGGGGAAGGAAAACAUACCCAUUGAGGAAGUUUUUGAGAAUCUAAGAUGUUGCAAAGAACGUUUAUUCAGUCUGCUCAGCAAAGGCUUGAGCUUUAUAGCUAUAACAAACUCGAGGAGAAGACAUAUGUGCAGAUAUAGCAGGCCCAAAGCAUGAGCAUUGGUUAUCUUUAGCACCUCUUCCCUUUGAACUCGUUGUUUCUGCUGGACAAAAAGCCAAGGAGUCUUGGAAGAAUGGCAAGUCCUCACUUUGCAAUCAAUUUCAGGGAUUUUUUCUGCCUUUUUGCUUUUUCCUUAUGGUGUGGUUUGCGUCUCUAUGUUUGCCUUACCUAGGUUUUCUUUCUUUGUGAACUCCAAGCAUAAGAAACACGAGACUUGGUAGCGUACAAAUCUGCUCUGAACUCCAAGCACAAGAUCCACAAUUAUUGUAAACACCUCAUAGCACACUACGAGAACAAAACCAGUAGGAUUAAGCAAUAAAGAAAAAAACCAGUAGAACACCACCUUGUAGUUUAUUUUCUUUUCUUUUUUUAGGUGCUUCUUUUACCUUUUAACUUUGACCUAUUGUUACAGCGAAGUUUUAUCUCUUCUCAUACUGUUAAGUGUUAUAUAAUUAUAUAUAUAUAUACACACACACACACACACACGGUCUGUCCAGUUUGGAAGGUGACAAACCACACCAAACCAAUUUUUCCAGUUUGGUUUUUACCAAACCGAUUACCUCUAGAAAUCAACCAAUCCACUGGUUUGGUUUAGUUGGUUUUUAUUCUCACCCUUAGGCCUCAUACCAUGUUACACGGUCUUGGAUAGAACUCAACUCCAAAAGCUAGCUCUUGAAUGAGGGUGCCCUCACGCUUAUAUACUUCAUAUUAUUUUGAUACCCAGGCGAUGAGGGACGUCGCUUCAAAGAAACAAAUGUGCAGUUAUACAAAAACAAUUUUCAGCCUGGUUUUGCCAUAUUCAAAGGUCAUAAGUUACCGCCUCAUUAGUCUUCAUAGUGGCUUUACUUUUGGGUUCUUAUUACUUGUCUCUUUGAAUAGGUAUGUUAAAACUAUUUUAUUUCUCUGUUAAACUACAAUCUAUCUUUUCCAAAGCCAAAUAUUGCAGCUUUAGCUUUUGUUUGGUUCUGUUUUUGACAGGUUACAAAUAUAAAUCUUGCAGCUGUUAGCAAUUUGGUCAUUUCAUAUAAAGCUCAAAGUGAAUUAUGUCUGUAUAGAAAGUAUACUUGUUUAGUUCCAUUCAAUCUUUUUGCCAGAAUUACAGGUUAUGUACUAAACUCAUCAUUUGAUUUCCAUUUUGUUGCAAAUCCCAAAUCAUCGGCCAAUCCUAAAUUUAUGGAGGCGUUUGGUAAUAAUGACGUUCUAAUUGUUGUUAUGAUAGAGAUUGCAGAUGCAAUAAAUGUAUUAAUAUUAUUUAUCACCUAUAUCCUGGCUCAGAAUUGGUUUGUUCUCUUUUUAAGUCAUUGGCUUUUUUGUUCUCUUUUAGCCUUUCCCGCUAGAGGCAGUUUAAAUGGGUGUAACUGACUUGGUAGUUUUGGUAAUGCCAUUGUUAUUCCAUCUUGCUGGUAUCAUUGAUAGAAUGCACAAUAUCAAAGGCCGUGUAUUUGAAUAUGCAGUGCCUUUGUUUGUCCUCUUGAUGGUGUCUGGAGAGAGUUUGCAUCUCCUCGUUUUUGUUAAAGAAAAUAAACAAUUGAUUGUGUUACUAAUUUCAGCUUUCAUUUUCUUGGUUGUAGAACUAAGUCCGGACAAGUCAGAAAAUGUUCUUUUCAACCAGGUCUUUGUUGCUUGCUUCUCUCUAUUCGUUUGCUGUGAUGAUAUUUUAUCUGACCCUAAGGACGGGUUGCUUUAACAUAUAUUGGUGGAUAUAAUCUCUUCUUAUUGAAAUAAAAUAUGUAAUCGUGUCCUACCACAUGUUAUUACUAGAUUUGGAAAGUAAAGUGUUUAUGUUCAAUACACCUGCAAUUUCCAGUUUUCAGCUGCAAGGGCUUGCAUGCGUGUGACCUGUUGUUGCUUAGUUUGUAGCUUACAUCUUAGAGUUGGCUUAUCUUGGCAUCAUGCCAAUGUGCUUAGCCUUCUUGUUUACUCCCCCUUGUAUGAUUUGGGAUAUUUCAAAUUGCUAAAAUUGAAGCUGUUUCCAUAAGCAUGCUGUUUCAGUUUUUUGUUAUGUAAUGCACUGCUGAUUGCUUUACCAGCUAGAUUUCUGCUCCUUGUCUCGUACUCUUUUGUUGAAUCUUUAACUGAUAAACUGCACUUUGGAGCUAUAAUAAUCAAUUUUGCUUAUGUACAUAGAAUGUUGUUGCUUCAAUUGCAAGUGACCCCAAUGCGUGGACUUAACAUUUUCUUGGUUUGUUUUACUCAAAAGCAUUAUGCAUAUGAUUGGUCUUGCCUGCCAA